GGGGAUUACACUUUACAGUCCUCUCAUUGUUCUGUACUUGUAGUCACAUGUUUUGGAUGUAGAUUGAUUAUUGCGCCGCGGUAACUACCAGCCAUUGUACUAAUUGAUCCUAUUGGCGCAAGACCGAAAGCCACAAGCUUCCAUGAUUAGUCACAUUAACAAGCAGCAAUGGUCGUAUCGUUCACGCGACAGUGCGUGUGAACGUCACGCUGCAGAGAACACUUUAUUAUCAGGAGCAAAAACACCUCGUAGCGAGUGUCACCUUAUCAGCCGUCAGCUGUCAUCUCAUUGGCUCAACUGACGAUCCUGUAUGCUGGCGGAGGCAUGAAUUGUAAAGUUUAUGACAGCGUUUCAUAGGAGCAGGUGAUAAGUCGGAGGAUACAUAAAGAACACGUUCAGGAUGGUUGAGUUAAGUUAUGCAAGAAGCUUGCCGUGGUCGCGGUGGAGUGUCAUGAGGUCUUGUGGUCACCAUGAAGAGACAAAGAUCCUCAGGAACCACCAGCACGGAGGAUAACACUGACAGCAGUGAGUUGGAUGAUUUACCAUCGUUAAAAUCCUCUUGGAACUUGGUGGACACCAUGAACUACGUUGGUCAGCUGGCCGGGCAGGUGCUGGUCACCGUCAAGGAGCUGUACAAGGGCAUCAACCAGGCCACGCUGUCCGGAUGCAUCGACGUGGUGGUCGUCCGCCAGCGGGACGGCACCUACCAGUGUUCGCCUUUCCACGUGCGCUUCGGCAAGCUCGGUGUGCUGCGUUCCAAAGAGAAAGUGAUUGACAUUGAAGUGAAUGGGGAGCCUGUGGAGUUGCAAAUGAAACUCGGCGACAACGGCGAGGCUUUUUUCGUCCAGGAAACCGAACAGGAGAAUCAGAUUGUUCCCGCCCACCUGGCCACAUCCCCAAUCCCAACAGAGAGUCACCUUUUCUGGAUCUCAGAAGUGGAGCACCGGUCCUCAAAAGACUUGCAAGACGACGACCCGGCCGACCGGGAAUAUCCCCCCGAUCCGCCGCCGCCCGCUACCGUCUCCACCAAAAAGAAGAAAAAACGGAGGAAGAAGCACAAAGGGGACCCUCGCAGAGAAGAGCUGACUCCCCCCACGUCGGUCACCCCCGCCGCUGCUACCACACCUGCUGCUACCGCCACCGAGGAAAUGUUUGAGAUGGACCUAAGCUCUGAUGAGGAUGCCUCGGUGCCUCACGUGUCCAGAUCGCCUUCAACGUCCACAAUACGAGAUGUUGACCCCAGACUACCUGCGGCCAGACAUAGCUUGGAUGGCUACGCACUGUCUGAUGGUGACUGGGCAACAAAUGACAGCCAAGGCUUGUCCCAGGCCUUUUCUCCAAAGAGUGAUUCCGAACUGAUGGUGAGACCGUCGGAGACUCUGCUGCGAGCCGAGUCGCACAUGCAGUGGACCUGGGGAGAGUUUCCGGAAACGGCUAAGGUGACCAGAAAAGACAGAGCGGAGCUACUUAAAACCGUGACCAUCACCCCUUCCGAGAGCACCCAUUUCCGCGUUAUCCUCAGCUCCGAGGCCAUGGAGGACUACAGCGAAACGGACGAUGGCGACCGCCACGUGUGCGCCGUCGUCAAGCCCGAGCCGCGCACGCUCACGAGCGCUUCUGUGACCGCGCGUGAGAGUCCGGACGCUCUCGCGCAGCCUGCGGAAUUGCUGCCGUACGACGUGGUCACCUCCACCCCCGGCAGCAGCCAGCAGAGCGACUCCCCCUCCAAGAAGAAAGGUGUCCCGAAGAGGAGCCAUCAUCAGGGUCCCGAGGACAUCUACCUGGAUGACCUGAACGCACUUGAGCCCGAUGUCGCUGCCAGAUACUUUCCCAAAAGCGAGGCGGAGGCGGCCGGCAAGCACUGGAUGGAAACAGAGAUUCGCUCGGGUUCGCAGUCGCCGCAGUCGGUGGGCAGCGCCGCCGCCGACAGCGGCACCGAGUGUCUGUCGGACUCAGCGAGCGACCUCCCGGACGUCACGCUGUCGCUGUGCGGAGGCCUGACGGAGAACGCGGAGAUAUCCAAAGAAAAGUUCAUGGAGCACAUCAUCACCUACCACGAAUUUGCUGAAAAUCCAGCAAUUAUCGAUAACCCAAACCUUGUCGUUAAGAUAGGAAAUAGAUAUUAUAACUGGACUCUUGCUGCACCCUUGAUUCUAAGUCUACAAGCAUUUCAGAAGAAUUUACCAAAGGCUACAGAGGAGGCCUGGGUGAAGGAGAAGAUGCCAAAGAAGUCGGGCCGCUGGUGGUUCUGGCGGAAACGGGCGGAUAGUGCAAUCAAGCAGUCUGAGACCAAGCUUGAAACCAAGGAAGAGUCUCAGUCGGCAGAGGAAGGACCCGCCAUGACGCAGGAGAAUCUCGCCUUACGGAGCAAAAACACAGACUCGUCCAGCGACGAAGAAUGCAAGGAGGUGAGCGCCGCGUCGUGUCAGGAGAGACACCAUCAUGACAUUCAGCAGCAUCUCGGCGCCCACGCCUACAGGAAGUCUCUACGUCUCUCCUCUGAUCAGAUUGCCAGUCUGAAACUAAAGGAAGGCCCCAACGACGUGACGUUCAGCAUCACCACGCAAUACCAAGGCACGUGCCGCUGCGAGGGCACCAUCUACCUGUGGAACUGGGACGACAAAGUCAUCAUCUCUGACAUCGACGGAACCAUCACCAAGUCCGACGUGUUUGGACAGAUCCUGCCGCAGCUUGGGAAGGACUGGACCCACCAGGGGAUCGCCAAGCUCUAUCACUCAGUCGCCGAGAACGGCUACAAGUUCCUGUACUGCUCGGCUCGUGCCAUCGGCAUGGCAGAUAUGACGAGGGGCUACCUGCAGUGGGUCAACGACGAUGGCACCAUCCUGCCCCGCGGGCCUCUCAUGCUGUCACCCAGCAGCCUCUUUUCGGCUUUCCAUAGGGAGGUCAUCGAGAAGAAACCCGAGAUCUUUAAGAUCGAAUGCCUGACGGACAUCAAGAACCUGUUCCAGCAUAACAAACAGCCGUUCCACGCCGCCUUCGGCAAUCGAGCCAACGAUGUCUUUGCCUACAAGGAGGUGGGAGUUCCCGUUUGCCGGAUCUUCACGGUCAACCCGAAGGGAGAGUUGAUCCAGGAACAGACCAAGGGCAACAAGUCCUCUUACUGCAGGCUGAGCGAGCUGGUGGAGCAUAUGUUCCCGCUGCUGAGCAAGGAGCAGAACGAAGCUUUCGCGAUGCCCGAAUUCAGCUCCUUCUGCUUUUGGAGGCAGCCCAUCCCCGCCGUGGACCCCGCGGACCUGCUCUGAAAAUCGCUCAGGUACUCUCGCAACGAGGAGAGGGCCAGGAAGGCACGCACCGCACUUGAAAGGGUGCCCUGUUGUGUUCAUUUUUUUUCCACGGGAGUUACCUAGCAGCGCAAAUGCACAAAAGAGACACCUGGGAGAUGCUCGCUUUUGCCAAAUCCAACGCCGCCUUAGAUGCACUUCUGGACCUGCCUAAUGGCCGCCGCAGUUGCGGUACAGCGAGAAUAAGUCAGGCUCCAUUUUCAAGGUCACGCCUCCACACGAAGCAGCUACUCCUUCCUCACACUGAAACGAUGCGAGGAGGACAAUAUUGGCAUAGAAAACUAUUUAUGAUGCUCAAAAACAACCUCUGCUGGAUCAUCAUCAUGAUUAUUAUUUAUGAAACUAAGUGUUAUGUUUAAGUUAUUACUGAUGCUGAUGCCUUGUCUGAAGAAGUUCUUUACGGCCACAAACAUUAGCGCUAAAUGCAAACGGUAAGCCUUUUUACUUUGAAGUACAGUCCGUGUUUCAGGAGUACAACGCAUGUUCCUCAGCAUAUGCACACAACCGUUCAAAAGUUUGGAGUCGCUUAUUAUUCAUAGAAGAAGAAAAAUAAAUCAUCCAAAGUACAGCCCAGAAAUUGUUAAUAUACUAAAAACAGUGCUUAUAAAAAAGGACAUUUGGAAGAGACCCCUAAACCUGUGAACUGUAGUGUGUAUAAAUAUUCAUAUAUGCACUGAAAGUGUGUACAUUUCCAUUUGAAGGAUUUUGACAAAAACAAAGGAAUGGUGUUACUUCAUGAUCCAAACUCACUUGGUCGUACGGCUGCUCCUCAUACUUAACCUGGGGUGGGUGACCUACAAGAUCUGGCAAAAAAUAAAUAAA